AUGGACUCUAAUCAUGUAAAUGCGUUCUGGGUUUCCAUGCACAGGAAUCGGCGCACUGUCCCUUUAAGAUCUUUUCAUUUCCUUGUGCUGUGGUGCAAUGCACAGGGGGAAAAUCACCCGUCUCCUAAUUUUAACCAGUAUGUGAGGGACCAGGGCGCCGUGACAGACCAGCUGAGCCGGCGGCAGGUCCGGGUGUACCAGCUCUACAGUCGAACCAGCGGGAAACACGUUCAGAUCCAAGGCAGAAAGAUCAACGCCAAUGCAGAAGAUGGCAAUACGUUCGCGAGACUGUAUGUGGAAACGGAUACAUUCGGCAGCCGGGUUCGGAUCAAAGGAGCCGAGAGCGGACACUACCUCUGCAUGAACCGCAGAGGAAAACUUGUAGGAAAGCCGUCUGGAAAAAGCAGAGAGUGCCUCUUUACAGAGAUUGUCUUGGAGAACAACUACACAGCGUUUCAAAACGCGAAAUAUGAAGGCUGGUACGUUGCUUUUACGAGGAAGGGGCGUCCGAAGAAAGCGUCCCAAACCAGAGAGCACCAGAGGGAGGUCCACUUUAUAAAACGGCUCCACAAAGGCCCAUUGCCUUUCCCCAACGAGAGACACAAACACUUUGACUUCAUCAGCUUUGCUCAGCCGAAACGGGCCAAGCGCAACAGAAAAUCACCGACUUUACCUUAACGGUAUUCAAAGUGUAAAUAGGACUGGUCUGUCUCAUAGCUUUUUUUUUUUUUUUUUAUUAAGAAAAAUAUUUAUUUUUUAUACUUAAAUCCUUUUAAAUAACAAAAUUAGAAUGUUAAUUAAAACAAAAAGGUAAUUACAGUAUAUAAACAUGGAAAUUAAUGUAUCUAAUUAAUAUUACUGUAUUUGUCAACGCUUUCCAGCUAAAAAGAGAACAGCAAUGGAAAUAUGAUCCAGCAAUAAAUGUUUAUAUUUGGGCAUAAGCUAUUCUGUUUUUUUUAUCUAGGCAAAUAUUUCUUCAGAAAAAAAAGACAGGAAAAAGGCGAUUUCAUUGAAGAAAUAAAAAUCCUUAAAUGGUCAAAAUAA